AUGUCUAACCCAAGUCAGAAUAUUCGAGUUGUUAGUGGGUACUCACAGUCAUCACGGCUACACUCUGCCACAGAUGAGAGCUUUUUCGACAAAUUUCCACGCAAAUGGAAUGCUCCAGAAUCCUUUAUUCCGCGGUAUAUCUUCAAAAUGUGCUGCCUCAUAUUCACCUGGCGCAGCGAUCUGCACUGGUUGUACGACUUCCUGAAAGAAGGAAACAACUGGGAAGAGCUGCAUCGUCAAUAUCUGACCCAGCUCAAUCAAGUGAGCACCGUGCAAGCACUCGUGCUUACAACUGCAGCGGUUUUUAUGUCCUCAAAACCACCACUUGUGGAUGAUGUCGACUACUCGUCUCCUGCAUCUUACGCCUGUUUGGCGGAAUCCCUUGUCUUCUCGUUGUUCGGGCUAUUGUUCCAGCUGAAGGUUUCUGCCUCUGGAUUCAUUUUUCAAAAACGUAGUGCUGCAGAAAUCAUAAUUGAGAGACGCUGGAGAAUAUUCUGGCACCUCCUGAGUUUGGUAGUGCCAAUCAUUAUCUUUACCAUAUCAGUGGUGCUUUUGCUCAUAGGUGGGCCGUUCACCUUGUAA